CAGUAUGCACCUCUCCUCGGCGGGCGCAGGGGUGUGACGUCCAAGGCAGCGGCCAUUUUGUUCCCCUCUUGCCCGGCGAGGUGACAGGAGAAGCGAGGCGGCCUCGCGGGGAGACGCGGCGCGAUGUUCCCUCUGGCGCGGAGAGCUUUGGGCCUUUCGGCCCGUGGCAUUCAACAUACGGUGACGAGACAGGCUCACCGCAAACUUGAACCUGAUUUCCAUGACAAGUAUGGCAACCUUGUUCUCCUUUCUGGGGUGGCGUUUGGUGUUGGCACUUGGACCUAUGCUUGCCUUCACCUUCCACUUGCAUGGAAUUUCUCUCCAGUUGGCCGACUUACUCCAAAAGAAUGGAGAGAAGACUAGAUGUGACUUUGUGACCCCUCUGGGAAUGGGGAAGUAAUCUGAGCUUUAUUUGUGCCACCCUUAUCUGGCACUCUUCUGUGCUACUUGUGAUAUAAUAAAACUAUUAAAAAUAAA